AUGACAGCAGCUGAGGAGCAUCGGGAAGAGCUCAAGGCCUGCCCGCUGCAGUGGAUGUACUGCCACAUGAUGCUGCUGAGCGGAAGCCAGCCAGACCACACCAUCACAGUGUCUGACUUCCUGGCGCAUGUCAAAAAGGCAAGGAAGAGCAAAGCGCAGCUGGACAGCUGGGGAGAGUUUAGCUGCCUGGACUCCAAAGGUUGGACGCCAGUCAGGAGCAACAUGUUGGCCACCCCAGAAGACUUCUGGCGCACCCUGGGCGUGGCAGCUCGCUUCAGGGAAGCUGUGAAAUGCAAUGCUUCUUUUGGAGACACACUGCUGCCAUCCUUCACAGAGGAACAGCUUGAUGAGGAGCGUGCAUCUGAGCUGAAUGACAAGCUGCUGGCAUGCACCGGGUGCCGACAGGCCAAGUACUGCUCCAAGGAAUGCCAGAGAAAGCACUGGGUGGGCGGGCACAAGCAAGAGUGCACUGCAACAGGGUCUGGGGGCGCCUCGGAGGCAUGA